AGCAGGGAGUGAGGGCGAUUAUGGGGACUACAGUGAGCCAAGCCUCCCACCAGAUCAUACUUUGGAGACAGAAAAGUGAAUCAGGAGCUGUAUCUGCUCUCUAAGGUGUCUAGGCUGCUUGUGGAAGUCAGACCAAAAUAGCAGGAAGGUAUUGCAGCAAGAUGGAUUUGGGAAAGGACCAAUCUCACUUGAAGCACCAUCAGACACCUGACCCUCAUCAAGAAGAGACCCAUUCUCCAGAAGUCAUUGGAACCUGGAAUUUGAGAAACAGAGAACGACUUAGAAAAAGAAAAGCUGAAGUGCAAGAAAAGGAAACGUCACAAUGGCUAUUUGGAGAACAGAAAAAACGCAAGCAGCAGAGAACAGGAAAAGGAAAUCAAAGAGGCAGAAAGAGACAACAAAAUACAGAAUGGAAGGUGGAGCCUCAGUCACAGAUAGAAAAGGAAAUAGUGGAGAAAGCACUGGAACCUACAGAGAAAAAGACUGAGCCACCUGGGAGCAUAACCAAAGUAUUUCCUUCAGUAGCCUCCCCACAAAAAGUUGUGCCUGAGGAACACUUUUCUGAAACAUGUCAAGAAAGUAACAUACAUCAGGAGAAUUUUUCUGAGUACCAAGAAAUAGCAGUACAAAAUCAUUCUUCUGAAACAUGCCAACAUGUGGCUGAACCUGAAGAUCUCUCUCCUAAAAUGUACCAAAAAAUAUCUGUACUUCACGACAAUUCUUCCAAAAUAUGCCAAGACAUGGAGGAACCUGAAGACAACUCUCCUAACACAUGCCAAGUAAUAUCUGUAAUUCAAGACCAUCCUUUCAAAAUGUACCAAGAUAUGGUUAAACGAGAAGAUCUGGCUCCUAAAAUGUGCCAAGAAGCUGCUGUACCCAAAAUCCUUCCUUGUCCAACAUCUGAAGACACAGCUGAUCUGGCAGGAUGCUCUCUUCAAGCAUAUCCAAAACCAGAUGUGCCUAAAGGCUAUAUUCUUGACACAGACCAAAAUUCAGCAGAACCAGAGGAAUACAAUGAAACAGAUCAAGGAAUAGCUGAAACAGAAGGCUUUUUUUCUAAAACACAAGAAAUGGCUGAGCCUAAAGAUCUUUCUACAAAAACACACCAAGAAUCAGCUGAACCAAAAUACCUUCCUCAUAAAACACGUAAAGAAAUUAUUGUGCCUAAAGCCCCCUCUCAUAAAACAAUCCAAGAAACACCUCAUUCUGAAGACUAUUCAAUUGAAAUAAACCAAGAAACACCUGGGUCUGAAAAAUAUUCACCUGAAACGUAUCAAGAAAUACCUGGGCUUGAAGAAUAUUCACCUGAAAUAUACCAAGAAACAUCCCAGCUUGAAGAAUAUUCACCUGAAAUAUACCAAGAAACACCGGGGCCUGAAAACCUCUCUACUGAGACAUAUAAAAAUAAGGAUGUGCGUAAAGAAUGCUUUCCAGAACCACACCAAGAAACAGGUGGGCCCCAAGGCCAGGAUCCUAAAGCACACCAGGAAGAUGCUAAAGAUGUUUAUACUUUUCCUCAAGAAAUGAAAGAAAAACCCAAAGAAGAGCCAGAAAUACCAGCAAUUCUGAAUGAGAUUCAUCCAGAAAAUGAUGUCUAUAGUUAUGUUUUGUUUUAACAAUGCUCAACCAUAAAGUUGUGGUCCAAUGGAACAUACA